CACAAGAAAUGUCAGCCAGAAAGGGCUAUCUUCUCCCUUCGCCAAAAUACACUACAAUAAUGGCAUGUUCGGACAGCCCGGCAGGAAAUGCAUUCUUAGUGGACUCUCUUAUCAGUACCCGGACAGACGGCGGAGUGGGGCACUAUCCAGUGAGCGGUGUAUGUGUGCCCCAUAACACCACCACAGAGGUGCCUUACGGACUACAGAGUUGUGGAUACUACCCAGGUAUAGUCAAACGGAACGAGGUGGGUCCCCAAAAUAUGAUGUCCGCGUCAGGCGCAUACAUGUCAGGAAUGGAGAUGUGGAUGGAUGCGCAGAGGUCGUGCCGAAUGGACCAGGAACAGACUGUGGGUCCCCAGGUUGCACCCUGCUCGUUCUCUCAGAACAUUAAAGAAGAGAGUGCAUACUGCCUCUACGAACCGCGGAAGUGCCAGAAAAGCUCGACCGCCGAAGACCUCACGUACUCUAGGCUAACCACAGCUGGUUCAAUUUCGGGCUCGUGCACAGUCGCGGACGGAGGAGGCAGGGGUACAGUGCCUGUUCCGGGCUACUUCCGCUUGUCUCAGACACAUGCACAUUCUCAUAAACUUUACCACGGCCCCCAGUCGAACCCUUCCCAUUCUCACUUUGGCCUACACCCCCCUGCCCCGACUCGCUACCACACCCCACCACCUCCGACGUCCUCUGACCUAGCCACGGCGCACGAGAAGAGAAACACCGAGGAGAUCGUCUCCUCGGAAAACGUGCCCCUCCUGGCUCAUGCUCCACCAGGAGACGAGGAAGCACGAGCGUCCUCUGAUGCAGAAUCUUCGUCUCCUGAAGAACCAGAGGAGGUGGACAGAGAACGACCAAGGAGGACCAUUGACGGAGACACAAAAAGUGAAAACACAGCCAACUGGCUGACAGCAAAAAGCGGCCGGAAGAAACGUUGUCCUUACACCAAGCACCAGACUUUGGAGCUCGAGAAGGAGUUCCUCUUCAACAUGUACCUGACUCGCGAGCGUCGCCUAGAGAUCAGUAGGAGCGUGCACCUGACUGACAGACAGGUCAAAAUAUGGUUCCAGAACCGCAGAAUGAAAUUGAAGAAAAUGACACGGGAAAACCGGAUUCGGGAACUCACGUCUAAUUUUGUUUUUUCAUGAUGACGUAAAUAUAGAAUUUGACUUCCCCUGAAUGAGUUAGUUACUACAUUUGCAAGUGUUAGGAGGCACGUCUCCAGGCCUAAUAGACACGCCUCGUUUGUGCAUCGUCCUAUGUACGUUACUGAUAAAACGUGAAUGCUGUUCUGUU